CAGCACUGCCUUCUGGGUAGGCUGUCUCAAAAUUUUGAAGAGCGCCUGCGUGCGUCCCGUCUUUCCUUUUGCUUCGUUGCAGCCGAGAAAGCAACAUGGGGCACCAGCAGCUGUACUGGAGCCAUCCGAGAAAAUUCGGCCAGGGUUCUCGUUCUUGCCGCGUCUGCUCAAACCGGCACGGUCUGAUCCGGAAAUACGGCCUCAAUAUGUGCCGCCAGUGUUUCCGCCAGUACGCGAAGGACAUCGGCUUCAUUAAGUUGGACUAAGUGUGAACUUCUUGAAUGGGUCAUCACGCAUAUCUGCCUUCCUCAGAAACAAUAUUCUUUGUAUAUAAAAUAAAAAUUUUAAAACUUC